UAACAAAACAGGUUCGGAGAAAACUCAAGACAGCAAACAUAGGGUAUUUUCUAAAAUUUUUAUUUCAAGUGGUUUUAAAGAAACCCAUAAAAAUCAACAUGCUUUCAAAAUUCAACUACAAUUCACCCUUCUUUACUUUAAGAGAACCAAAAAGCUAAACAACAAGAAACAUUUAAAACCAUUUAAAAGAUUUUCGCAACCUACAUGAAAAUAACAUGAAAAGUCAACAAAGAAAGAAAGGUUUUGAAAAUCAAAAAGUGGAAGGAGAGGGUGAAUUUAUAAUGUUCUACUAAAAAAAUGAAUAAAAAAAAAUACAAAACAUGAUGAUAGAUAAACAAAACUAAAAAAAAACAAAUUUUUGGGUUAGAAAAAAAAACAAACAAACUAAAAUACAGUGUAUUCAAAACAAAAAACAAGAAACACAGUAAAAACAACAAGGAUGCAGGGUGGCAAAUGAUGUUAAUGGAGAUGAUGGGGGGAGGUAAAUAAAAUUGGGUGGUUAUUGUAGCAGAGAUUACAAAGAACGAGAGAACAACUAGUAAAGCAGACAGAGAGCUUACUUAUUUAUGGUAUAUUUUAUAAAAAAGAGAUUUUAAAAAAUAUCCUUAAGAGUUAUAAGAAGAGAGAAGGUUUUGAAUAAUUGAGUCGCAAUUGAAAAUUUUAUGUUGCUGAUGUUAUUAUUUUGUAAGCGAAAUUCUUACACAUACAUAUUCGCGAGAGUAGUUCUAGAAUAUUAAGGAUUUUUGUUGCUAUGAUUUUAAAAGUGAGAAAGAAAAACACAACUAAGCAAUUUGGUACAUAUUUUCUGUAUUCUCCGUGUAGUUAAAUCCUAUUGCAUAUUUUCAGGCAUAUUUAGAAAGAGUACAUCCUUUGUGCUAAACGGUUGUUAUAUUUUUCAUAACUUAAAAAAUAAUAAUUUUAUUUUUGUUCUAAAAGAAAAAAAAAAAAAAAGAAUAUUAAAUUACCAAAAAAAGAAAAGUUUAAACAAAUACAUUUUUAUAACAUGAAUUUUAAAUAAUAUAAAUAAACAUUUUAUGUGUAUUUAAAUAAAUUUUACCUUUAACCACAAACAAAUCAUACAUAUCCUGUGUUUCUUUACUUUUAUUCAGUCCUUUAAAGUGUGUGCGCCUAUUUAAAUAAUUUAUAAAAAAACAAGAAGAAAUAUACAUGCUAAUUGCAUUAAAUUUAUAACAAAAGUCAACAAUAAUUAAAUAAACAAAUAAACACCUUUAAACAUAAAUUGCGUUUACUGUUUUCCCAAAAAACUAAAGUUUAAAAAGUUUAUGCCCAAGGAAACCUAAUAGUUCUACGUAGUUUUAAUCUACAUCUACAGAAAAAGUUAUUUGUAACCAUAAAGAAAUCAACCAAACCAAUACCCAACAAACCCACCAGCGCUCUUAAAGAACAACCUAGCCAAGGAGCCUUUAAAUAUUUUACAGUUUUUUUUUCCACACAACUCCUCUCGCACGGCAACAUUGUGGUCGUCAGUUUCAUCAUCAUCAGUGUGUUUAAUACUUCAUACAAUAUUUGGUGGUUUAAUUUCAAGGACUCGCGCCAAUUUAUAUAUUGAAUUUGUCUGAGGUGUGCGUGUGUAUAUAUUUUUAUAUAAUAAACGCUGGAACGGAUUUAAGAGGAGUAAGAGAGAGCGAGUGACUGAAAAGGAUAUUUAUUACUGUGCGUGUAAUAAUUUAAUAAUCAUAAUAUUUAAUAUAUUGGACCAAUUUUGCACCUUUUAUCCCACUUUACAACAAAUAUCAUUUACACCUCUAGUUCUAGUCUAAACUUUUUUAGUAGAAUAUUUAACAAAAACAACUAAAACCCAAAAAGAAAUUUUAAAAUUUUAUCAAAAUUCAACACCAAAAUCCACUGUCAUUAAAGUAGCAUUAGUUAUACCAGUAAACAACACACCUAAUUGCAACACUAGUCUAAAAUCUAAACUCAACAUACCACAGAUACUUAAUACUUACUACUCUACUCCUGUACUCCUCCACAUCAACAUACCUACAAGUCUCUUGUGUCGUACAUUUAGUUAAAUAGAAAAAUUGGUUUCAAAAUUGGUCAAAUGUUAUGUUGCGGUUUUUGUUGUGGCAACAUGUCAAAACGAGACUACAAAGUGGCCACAAUGGAUGGCAUAGAACUCGAGCCGUUGGGCGGCGAAAAAAUGGAUAAGGACAAGGAAAAGGAUAAAGAAAAACAAACUAAUGGUGUAACAUUUGUGCCGCUAUUAUGCGUCUGGUGUGAUCGUUUCUUUCAGCCUCAAACUAUUUCCAGUGGUGAAUCUAGCGGUGGACGACAAACACGCAAUGGUGUCGCUGUUUGUUCACAAAAACGUGCCCUCCUAGUGGCUGGCAUUGUAUUGGGUUCACUCCUGCUGACAGCUUUAAUAAUUGCCUAUGCUGGUCCAUCAAAUGAUUGUUCGUGCGCCCGUAAAUUGCCAACUGGUCAUCAUACGAAUGAAGAGAAUGUCACACAACCAUUUAAUCCGAUUGCAACAAAUGGUGAACCAUUUCCAUGGUUAAACUUAACAUUGCCAACAUUUAUAAGACCGUUGCGUUAUAUGGUGACAAUACAUCCGAAUCUGACAACGUUGGAUGUUAAAGGUCAAGUGACUAUCGAUCUAUUUAUUGAAAAGGAAACCAAUUUUAUUGUCUUACAUAUACAGGAUCUAAAUGUCACAGAAAAGGCCAUUGUACCAAUGGGUAAUAGGGGGAGUAUCAUUAAAAUUGUCAAAUUCUUAGAAUACCCACCUAGACAACAAUUGUAUAUUGAAGUAAAAGAUAAAUUGAAAAAGAAAUCCAAUUACACACUUAAUUUGCGUUGGUAUUCAAAAUUAAAUCCAGAACCCGAAGGUUUCUAUGUCGAUCAAUAUGAAAGCUCAAAUGGUAUAGAAAGAUUAUUAGCUGCCACAGUAUUUAGACCUAAUGGAGCUCGUAAAGCAUUCCCUUGUUUCGAUGAACCCCACAUAAGAGCCCCUUUCCGAGUUUCAGUAUUUCGAGAUCGUUUCCAUAUAGGUCUUUCCAAUUCCAUUGUGCAUACAACAGAGGAUGUAGGAUUCUAUAUGGGCACAGGCUUGUUACGCGAUGAUUUCAUCGAAACGCCACCCCUGCCAGCCGAUGCUGUUGCAUGGGUUGUUAGUGAUUUUCAACGAGAAUCUUUACAACCUUCAGCUGCCUACAUGCCCACCACACAAACACCGCCCUACGGAGCGGGUGCCAAAAAAUCCGCACAAUUAAAUAAUUACACUCAACAGAAAGAGAAAAAGCCGCCAGUGCGUAAUAUAACAGCGUUAACGCAUUCGUUGAAUUUUAAUAUCCUGGGUAAAAAUAUGUCUACCACUACAACAACAAUAUCUCCUGCCAAAGAAAUGGAGACGAAAAAUCUCACAGCCUUAAGCCAAUCAACGGGUUCAACCAUUAAAAGAGCACCAUCAUAUACAUUCUAUGCUCCACGUGAUCUUUUGCCGCGAUCUUCAUUUAUUUUGCACACUUCCCGUGAUGUUUUGGAAUAUAUGCAAACUUGGCUGGAUGUCAGUUAUCCGCUGACAAAAGUGGAUUUUGUAGCUUUACCCUCGUUAGAUCGUAAUAUCAUAUCUUCUUUGGGUUUGGUUACUUUAAAGACAUCAUUUCUAACCGAUCCCGAAUCUAAAACUACUGAACAAUAUCAAAAAAGUGCUCUGCUAAUAGCAGAAGCUAUAGUAAGACAAUUCUUUGGUGGCAUUACAUCAAGAAAAGUACUCAAAGAUGUUUGGCUAUGGGAGGGUUUGAUAAAAUACUUGGGUAUACACACGCUAUCACCGCUGCAGGAAAAUUGGCCUCUCAGAGAAAUGUACUUGUUAAAUAUGGCUACUGCAGCUUUGGAUAUUGAUGCUAUACAAGGUUGGGAUAGCAUUAUGAAUGGCACUAGCCAUGAUGGUAAUAAUGAAGAUUUCUUUAUACAAAAAACUGCCGCCAUAUUUUCUAUGUUACAUACUGCUAUAGGAGAAGAUCGUUUCAGAACUUGUUUGGGAGGUUUUCUUAAGUUGAAUCGUUUUAAAACAGCAGAACCCUUAGAUUUAUGGAAUAUUUGCACUAAAAAGGCUAAUGGUGCUAAAAAUAUUAAGGACAUGAUGUCUUUGUGGACCCAUCAAUCGGGUUUCCCCUUACUGACCGUAACAAAACUGGGCAACAAAAUAAGCAUAUCGCAAAAACCUUUUAAGCCCGCUGAAUUCUUAGCCAUACAUGAUGAAACUUACGAUGGCAAUAACUAUAAUAAAACAAGUGCAAAUAAUACGGAAACUUCAACGACUACAACAACUGCGGCCCCAACUGCGGCCAGUAAACAGAAACCUCCUGCACAAAUGAAAUGGAUUUUUCCCAUAACUUAUGUAACGGAUUUGAAUAAUCAAACGGAAACUUUGUGGAUGCAAAAUGUUGAUGUUACUUUCAAUGUUGCCGAAAAUGUUAAAUGGAUUAAAGUAAAUGCUCGCCAAUCGGGCUAUUAUCGCGUUCUAUACAACGAUGAUAAUUGGGCUAAUAUCAUAGAGGAUUUAUCCAAUGAUCCUGAUAAGUUUACGGGUGAAGAUCGUUUGGGUCUUCUAUCUGAUGCUUUUACACUUUGCCAUGCUAAUUUGCUGCCAUGUGAAAUUACCAUGAAUAUGAUACAAUAUCUGCCUAGUGAAACCAACUGGGGUCCUAUGGCUUUAGCUUUGCGUCAUUUGGAAAAAUGGCGUCGUAUUCUUAAGUACUCAGAAUGUUUCCUUAUGCUUUCUGAAUUCAUAAAAAUGAAAUUGUCCACAGUGAUAGAGAAGAUUGGUUGGAACGAUGAUGGUGAUGAGGCCACAAGAUUAAUGCGACCAGAAGUUUUAUUGGCCUCAGUGCUGUGGGAAGAUAUUGACAGUAUAACAAAAUCAAAAAAUAUGUUAAAUCAAUUUCUCUAUUACAAUGGCACAGCAAUACCACCAAAUUUAAGAGAGGUUGUUUACACGGGCUCAAUAUUAUCGGGUGAAUAUAUUUACUGGCAACAUUGUUGGGAACGGUUUGUAACGCUACAGCGCACAUCAGAAAGUUUUGUAGAACGUAUGCAAUUACUAAGAGCAUUAGGCCGUACAAAAGACGCUUGGCUACAAAAUCGUCUGCUGUCGCAUGUCACAAUGUUGCCCACCGCCGAAGUGGUGCAAGUAGUGCAAGCGAUAGCUGGCACACCAACAGGUGGUGCUAUGGCCUGUAGAUUUCUGCAGGCGAAAUGGUUUGACUUGGAGUCAAGAAUGGGUCAGGGAACAAUAGCUUUUGCCAAAGUUAUAUCAGCCAUAACACAAUAUGGUGCUACAAAAUUUGAUUACGAUGAGCUUAAAUCAUUAGUGCAUCGUUUUGGACGAGGUCCAGGCAUGGACGUUUUAAAUAUGACCUUAAGUAGCGUAGCCUCCAAUGUUGAAUGGGUGGCUCGUUCACAAACAUCACUGUAUAAAUGGGUAGAAAGUAAUUUACAUUCCCAUUAAGUAUUUUCUUUAUAAUUUUCUUUUUUAGUUUCUCAUUUAAUUCCAUAACUUUCAUUCAUUCACUCAUUCGCUCAGUCACUCAUUUAUAUUAGCAACUAAAGAAAACUUGUAAAAUCUGUAUAGAAUUAUUAUCAUCUUUUUAGAACAAACAAUCAAAAGUAACAAAAAUUAAAUAAAUAUAAAUUUAUAUAAUCAUUAUUUGUACUUGAAAAUAACACACUAAAAAAACUACUUCAUAACUAAUUAACAAAAACAAAUAUUGAAAGAAAUUAUUUACUUUUUAAUAAGAAAUAUCUAUAUAAAAUGUAUAUCCUCAUUUGUAAUUAUGUUCCUUUGAAAAUUUACAACAACAACAAACCACAGCUAUUAGAGCAUUAAAAAGGAUAUUUAGCGUUAAAAAUAUGUUGUCACCAAAUUUACACAGUUUACAAUUGUAAUUUGAAAAAAUUAUAUUUUUUGACAAAUAUUUUUAUUUAAUUUUCUCUUUUUUGAAAAUUAUUCUUGUUCAGAAAUGUUUAAUAAUAUUUCUCUUUUUAAAAACAUGUUGGAUAAAUAUUCACUUUAUUCUCUCUUUUAGAAUUUUUCUUUUGAAAC